AUGCGGUGUUCAUCAAACGGUGCUACUACAAAUGGUGCAACUACAAUAAACGGCAAUAAUGGCAAUGCAAGCAAGGUGUCGAAUAACUUGGUUAUUCCAUUUGUGCCAAGCGUCAUUUCUGCAGUGGGAUUUACAGCCAGCUCAUUUUACGGAAUUCACAGUUUGAUCAUGGCGCAAACUACAUCAUUUGAGGCAGAAGUGAGAGGGGAAAUUAAGGAAAACAAGGAGGAAAUUAAGAUAUUUAAAGAAGAAAUUAAGGCGGAAAUUAAGGAAAGCAAGGAAGAGAUUAAGAAAUUUAAGGCGGAAGUUAAGGCGGAAAUUAAGGAAAGCAAGGAAGAGAUUAAGAAAUUUAAGGAGGAAGUGAAGGUGGAAAUUAAGGAGUUCAAAGAGGAAAUGAAGGAAGAAAUAAAAGCAAUGAGUUCGAAACUCGACAAAAUAAUUAUGGAAUUCGCAUUUCUUCGAGGAUCUCUUAAAAUCGAUGAAAAGAAAUGA